GUCAUUAAAAUGUCAACAAGUGAGUGAUCUAGCCCGAUUUAAUGAAUGGGCUUAAUCUAGAAGAUAUUAAUUGUGAUUGUUGCGUUCAUUAUCAGAUUAGAGUUUUGUGCGGUAUUUAUUGGCCACUCAUCCGUUUGAUUCGAAAUUCACUGUUAAUGUGUUAACUACUUGUUGAUUCCGUCAUUUCGUCCAGUUUUUCGAGACUUUGGUCUUUAAAAAAUGAGCAAAUCUCCGAUAACCGUUCAGCAAUGGGUCGAAUCACUGCCACCGCCUCAUAGCAACACAAAUAUUUACACUUCGCCAUUGAGAAAUACUCGAAAAUUUCUUCCAAGAGAGAUUUCCCUCCAAUCGGACGAUGCUAGUAGUCAUUGUUCCAGUGUUGAAUCGGUGCUAGAGCUCCGGAAGCCCGACCCUGAGGCGGUGCUCCUAGGUUUGGGGUUUGGGCCCCCAAAAAACACAAACAUGGUGUCGAGAAUACCAAGCAGGUUUCUACAACCUUCCAAGCUUUUGUCGCAGAUUGAUAUCGACAAAUUUUUGGAGCAAUACGGAGAAGCAAAAUGCUCGAACCAACACACAGCUCCAGGAUCUCCCGCCAGGUCACAACCAAAAUCUUGCUAAUUUAUUCCAUUUUGUUACAUUAGUGUUAGUAGACCAAAAUAUUUUUUAAACAUUGAGAUCGAUCUUCAACUGUCCUUGGAAUUGAAUAAUUAUUCGAAUUGAUUAGAUGUAGGAUAAACAUAACAAAAAUGUGAUCUAAAAAACUGUAUUAUAAAACAUUUACAUUUAAAUGAAUGAAAAAAAUUCGGACCUAAAUACCAUGUUAAAAAACCAAUUUCCAUUGUAUCAUGCCAAGGACAUUGUUUUCACAUUGUCAACGGAAUGUGGCUUACACAUUAUUUUCGAUCGUUUCAACACAUACACAAUACUCAAAAAUGCCGCAACUUUAAAAAUGUACCGAGGGAGCGUUAACUUGAAAAAAAUUCACCGAAAUGCCAAUAGUUAAUAGUAAUUAUUAAUUCCAAAUUACAAGAAAAAUUCCAAAAAUUCGUCCAAUUCCAGAGUUAACGCCCGUCGAAAUACAUAAACAUGUCUGUAAAAAGAAAUGUAAGAGCAUUCUGUUGACAGUUCCUCAUUCCUACUAUUCAAAGGGUAACGUUCUCUAGUGUGCUUUAUUUUUUAUUCUCUUUAUAAUAAACAUGUGAUGUAAAAUGUGAUUAAGUUGUAUAGGAAGACAAAUCAUUAUAUUAGGGGUAAGCAUAUCGGAACUAACGUCAAUUAUGUCAUAGUUGCGUUUUUUAAACAACACUGGUACCAAAAAACCGUAUUUUUAGCAAUUUGAAAUGUUGUGAAUCCUCAAAGUGCAACACUUGCCAUUGUUUCCUUUUGCGGGUUGUAUUUACUGUCGAUUUUGUUGCCAUGAUGUAAAUUGUGUUUCAAAAAUUUCUUCCAAAUCGCCGAAUUCCAAAUUUUUGAAGCACAAUAUUUGUUUAAUGUUGGCUUCCUUUAUUGUUAGUUGUUAAGGGUAGGAUCAUCAUGAUCAAAUUCCACUGGCUUUAAUAUUGUUUAUAUUUUUGUGGACCAAUUUUUGUGAAAUAAAAAUUGUUGACGUCCAA